AUCAACUACAUUUCCUUUAGUAAUAAAUUCAACUAUAAUCUCCCCGUAAUAGUGGCUAUGCCUUCUUGGAGGAAAGCAAUCCAUAGCUAGGUCAGGGACCAAAUUAAAGUCUCCUCCAACUAAGACUUUGUCAGUAGUAGUAGGUCACUUUCCAUCCCUCCAACAUCUUAUUCAAGGACGAUUAAAGUUUUUUUUCUUUGUUCUUUUGUUAUAACCAUAUACACAAAUCAGAAUAUAUUUAACAUCAUUAAACUCAAUCACCAUCAUUAGCCGGUGUCCAUUAUUGUCACUCCUAUGGUUAAUUACAUUUCCCGAAAACCUGUUGAACAGGAUCAUGACUCCAGCUGAAUGUGAAGUCCCAUGACUGAAAAAAACAUAAUCUCCCCAUUGUUGUUUCCAAAAUUUUUUAUCUGCCUCCACUGAAUGAGUCUCUUGCAAAAAAAUAAUAUUGCUCUUCUGCUCUUUGCAAAAAAGAAAAGUUGCCUUACGCUUAGCAUUGUUCUUUAAACUCCUAACAUUUAAAGAAAAAAAGUGCACUCUUAUUUGCUAGAUAAAAGUGCAUUUAUCUUCAGAAACGAGCCUUCCUUCAGAAACGCUCUUUUCCCCUUCUUCCUGGCCUCCUGAACCAUUGGCCGCAGCUUAGAACAAGCCUCCCUGUCUUCUUUGGAGAAAUCUUCUCUGAAGCGAAUGUGCAUUUGAUUACACACUCACGCUUCCUUCGAUUUUUUUCCAAACUUCAUCCCGAAUGGUUCUCAUCCCAAAUUGGAUGAUGAUUGCCCUUGGCGUGUUGUUAGAGGCUGCCGCAGUGUUGGGUUUACCCAGGCAGUGGACUGUAUCCACUGUCUCGCAGUCGGUCCACUGAUAGAGGCACAACUCUUGUAAGUAUGCCAAUGACGAUUUCUCUUGUGUUUUCUCCAUCUUUCUCUGGUAGCCCAGUCAGUCUCAGGUUCCAUCUCCUUUUGUAUCACGCAUGUUCCUCCAUUGCUUUACUGAGCGCACUGUUUUCUUUUUGGAGCUUUUCGAUCAUUUCCUUAAGGAGAGUAAUUUCUUGUUUGUUUUUUCUUGACGCUGUAUUAGCCUCGAUGCGCUUGUCAAAUGUUUUUAACAGUUCAGUUUGUUCAUCCACUUUUCCAGUCAGAACCUGAACUGCAUGGAGAAUGGCGACGCCGAUAUUCCCAUCAUCUUUUCUGUUGUCUCUUCCCUUCAUUUUCUUUGGGUUUGGGCUUUUAAGAGGUGUAUGAGUCGGGUCGAUUUUACUUGUUUUUGAAAAACUCUCGUCCACCUCAUUAUCGUCGAUAUCACUGUCAUCACAAGCCUCGCGGAGGGCAGUUAAGUUGUAGUCAUGGUCAGCCAUGUUGUUAACCACUUCGUUCUCCAAAAAACCCGUCAAAAAAUGUAAAUUGUUCACUGUACUAACAGACCAACCCAGACAGAUAUUAUCUGGAUGUUACUGAACAGUAACCAGCAGGUAUCUGUGUCUGUGUCUGUGUCCCAUACAGACUAUGUUAACCAUGGUAGCUAGCGUUGGCUGAUAGGUUAGCACUCUGCUGUCUCAGCUAAAACGCAGUGCUAAUGACGCUUAUUAUUGUUGCUUCCAUUCCAGGUGAGGGAGCCGAUGAUCCCUGUAACCCAAAUAUCCGAUGGCAGUUGUUGGACUGUUGUGAUGUUAUUUCCUCUGUAGACUUACAUUCGGAGUCCCGCCCCCUCCCUGCUGUGGAGGAGCAUAGUCGUCUGCAGCUGGGUACCACAUCUGGCCUUUAUCAUCUUAAGUGUCGAUCCAGUCUUUAGAAAAUGCGACUCAGGCACCAUUGAGCCAAGAACAAAAAUGUCUGGGGCUAAUGAGAAGGCUUUAGUAAUAUUUAAUAAUAACUGAGCCUUUUCCGCAGUGACUGUACAUAAGCACGUGUCAUCUGCAUAUACUUACCCACUCUUUAAAAAUUUGGUGAAAACUUUAGGUAGUUUUUGAAGUUUGCAGGGUUUCACUUCAGAACUCAGGAUCUUUUAUAGUACAGACAUCCUUAAAUGUAAAGUCCUGCCGACUGUAACUCAUUUAGAGUUCAGCUUAGAUUUUAUUUGUAGUGCAUCCUCACUUUGUCCUACAAGGGGCAACGUGUAUUACAUCUACUCCAGACUUAUGGAUGGAGGCACUUUCAUCAGUCUUUAAAGGCGCUGCAGAUGACAAUUAUGUCCUCGUCAAGGUGAGCCUGCACAUACAAACACACCUGAAUCUGGGGCCGGGGACCUCUGUGGGGACACAAACGAGCCUUCAGAUUAUGGGACCCAGUCUAAACCCAGCUUAACCUUGACUUCUGUUUAUUUUUUGCUUUACCUGCUUCAGGUGGACAGUUGCUCCACCUCCUGGGAUUUUUAUCAGUUUACCCGUCUAAAGAAAAGUAACUCGAGUGCCUCCAGUCUCUGAUCAGCUGCUUCCUGUUUCUGGACAGCUGCACCACUGUCUAUACCACUCCGCCUGAUCACCCGUUCACUGUGAGUCAUUUCCUGUUCAGUCCUCUGAUGUAAUUAAAUUCUCAGCAUCCUGGCAGUGACUGUGUGUGUGUGCGUGUAUGUGUGACAGGAGCUGGCAGAGUGUGUUUCCUGUGAGCUGUCGGUCAAGCACAAAGCCGUCAGCCUGCUGCAGCUUGAGUUGCAGCUGCACUCCUGCAGGGUGGUGCAUGCAGCGCUGCAGCCAAACAUUCUUACCUGCUGUCACAGGUAUUUAACCAGACAAGUAGGGCAGGGGGGCGGGGUUGCACACCUGAGGCCUGACUGCUCCUGCAGAGGCCUGCAUGUGUCCAACUCGGUGUUCCCAGUGGACUGGUCAUCUUUGGUGGACCUGGAGCUCCAGCAGGAGAUCAGGACGGUGCAGCAAAUUCCUGCAGCUCAAGACUCCGUCAGUCUGGGUCUCCUGGAGCCGACUGCACCCCCACAGCUGGUACACACAACUGUCCUCUCAGCAAAGAACCCACCUCCGUUGCUGGGCUGUCAGUGUGCUACCAUCUCACCUGUCUCUACCUCCCAGGUGGAUAUGGUGGGCAUGGUUGAAAGUGUCCACCUCCUACUGACUAAGAGCAGGAUGGAGCUGGGAAGGAUGCUGAAGGCUGGAUGGUGGAGCGUUUUAGAGGAGAUGAGCCCAGGUGCUCAGACAGGUUGAUUAAAGCUUGAUUCAUCUUAAUCUUGAGCUGAAGUUUAAGUACAGCUGUCUGCUUACUACAGCCAUAUAUACACCCGAAUGUGGAGGAGGCUUUUCCGUUUGUUGCUGAAUGUUGGCAACUGCUCCUGUCGGAGCUGAAGGGGGAGCUGUCCGCUCUUUACUGCUGAAACUUUAACUCCUCCUCCCGCCCACCCAUCUACCUGCUUCUAUUUUAUUUCUAACUUAAUAAAGAGGCUUUUUAUGUCAUUUUCCACUGUCUGCUUCAUGUUUGUGCUCCAUUAUCAAAAACGAUGGAAAUCAAAAUCAACCCUGACCAUCAGAGGGCGCUGUGUCCUUCUGGAGCACAUUCUCUGGUUAAUCCGGGUUAACUGCGAUGGCAUACCGGGCCAGUGGAGACGAGACGCCCACAUCUGAGUCUUCUUCCACAAACUUUCAUGUCAAAGACAGAUUUUCAAAGAGCAUGCGGUGAAAAGAGCUUCUACCGUUUCGUGACUUGAUGAUUGCAGAAGUUUGAAUUUCUUUGAACCAUGGAAAAUAAAAGUUAUGCUACUGUGAAUAUAUUAAUCUCAGGUAUUUUUAACCUUUGACCCUCACCCUUCACCUUAGUUUAACAAAGAAUAAAAUAUUAGACUAUUGUAAAACAAACCAGCAGGUACACCAGGUGAUUUUGGUGUCAUGUGACUGAGUUGAACUAAGAAGGCGAACCCCAGUGUAGUUGGCACACAGUCUGAAUUAAAUCUUGUUAAAAGCACAGUGAACUGGCUUUACUUGACCCCAAACUGGUUCCUUUAGCGGUUUAAGUGUGAGAAGCAGAGUUCAGAGUGAACAGAGUGUGGCGGUUUGAGUCUCGUCCUCCCCCGCCUCAGGGCAUGGCGAGGCGUGCUGCAGCCUGCAUGCUGACACAGACCUUGCCUCCCCUUUGUCUCCUCUGCUGCUUUCAUGGACUCUUUGCUGUCUCAAAGCCACUUUUGAUGGUUCUCUUCCAAAAGAAGUCACAUGAUCACCUGUGCAGUCAGAGACAGUCAGAUGACCUCAGAGUUUAUCUGUGCGCCUUGUUUUUUUCACACAUCAACUGAUGUGUUUUCACUUUGCUGCUGCUGUUGUUUCGUGCCAAUAAAGCUUCUUCGAAUAUGAAAGACUCAAACUCCUCCCCCUCCACCUGAAACCAGCUGAGACAAGGACGAGCGAGGUGGGGGAGGGAGGAAGACACGGUAGGAGGAGAAAGAAGAGGAGCAGCAGAGAGAGAGAGUCAGUCCAAGGAGGAGAACAACAGCAGGAACCAACUCACCUGGACUUCGCAGCCAGCCACUGGGGGGCGCUGUCUCUGGUAAGCCUGCCUGCGCAUGGGGAUGAGUGUAGUUCCAGUCAGACGAGGAGCCGUGGCGGAACUGUCUGGUCAUGUAGAGACAGUUUCCUCAGGCUGAGGUGGAGUCAUCUGAUCAGCAGCAGACCGGACCUGGUUUUACCUGAGGUGGAGAGACACCAACUCACACACAGCUCUCACUACCCGGCUGGUGCCGCUGCCUCUACGCCUCCGUGCUGAUGUUCCGGCGCAGGAAGAAGAAGCACAGGCUGGAGAUCUCGGCGCCACAGGACUUCCAGCACCGCGUCCACACAUCGUUUGACGUCACCUCAGGAUGCUACGUGGGGCUGCCGCCGCAGUGGCAGAGCGUCAUCGACACGCUGAAGAGGCCACGCCCCCUGGUGGACCCCUCCAGGAUCACCAAUGUUGAACUAGGACCCAAAAAGACCAUCGUUCGCGGCAGCUUCAUCGGCCAUGGAGACUACAUCAGUCAUGUGAUCUCUGAGAUGACUCGUCUGUCGGUCAGCAGUUCCAACUCUCUGCGCCGGAGCAGUCCGUCGGCACGGAAACGUGCCCGAUCGAUGGGCCGGCUGGGAGAACUGGCCGAGGACGAGUCGUACCAGUACGAGGAGCUAAGUCACCGCGGCGGCAGUGUGAAAAGUGGUGGGAGCUCUACCUACUGGCAGGACCGGAUACGACAGGUGCGCAGUGACAGCAGCAGCCCCAAACUGAACGGGGCCCUGCAGAGAGCCAAGUCUACCUGCCAGGUGGAUUCCUCGUCUGAAACCACACCCCUUAAACUAGACAAACCUCAGAGGACAGGUGAACCAAGUGGACUGUACGCCCGCAGUGAGGGGGCGGAACUAAGAAAUAGGACAGCUUCCUACACUGUGGAGACCAAUAGGCACCAGGUGAGGCUAAGACCAGCUGUGGGUCACCUGCCUGACCUGCUGUUCUCAUCCAGAGAAAAUUCAAGAAGACCGCAUUCGUCCUAUGACCUCCAGCUGGCCUCACCCUCCUCCCGCCUCCUGCCCCCUCCUAACAGCACCAGCAGUCCCAUCAUCACAGGUAGAGCCGUAGUUCAGAGGCUGCCUCGCCCAUCCUCUGCCUUCAAUGCUCCUAUCAAAUCUCCAAACCUAACAACUGAGGACAGCCCCUCCCAGCCCCACCCUCCCCCAACUGGCUCCCCAGGUCACGCAGUCGCCUCCAACCAGCAGGCGGGGUCCGAUGGCGGUCCUCCAAAGGUGACCCAUGAGCAGUUCAAGGAGGCACUACAGAUGGUGGUGGACCCUGGCGACCCGAGGAUGACUUUGGAGAACUUUGUGAAGAUUGGAGAGGGGUCCACAGGCGUGGUUUGCAUCGCCCGGGAAAAGUGCAGCGGGAGACAGGUGGCUGUGAAGAUGAUGGACCUCAGGAAGCAGCAACGGCGAGAGCUGCUCUUUAAUGAGGUGGUGAUCAUGAGGGACUACCAGCACCAGAAUGUGGUGGAGAUGUACCGUAGCGCUCUAGUGGAGGAUGAGCUGUGGGUCAUCAUGGAGUACCUGCAAGGUGGCGCUCUAACCCACAUCGUCAGUGAGACCAGGUUGAACGAGGAGCAGAUAGCGACAGUCUGUGAGGGGGUCCUGCAGGCGCUGUCUUACCUGCACUCUCAGGGUGUGAUCCACCGAGACAUCAAGAGCGACUCCAUCCUGCUCACCCUGGACGGCAGGAUCAAACUGUCCGACUUUGGUUUCUGCGCUCAGAUCAGCAAAGAAGUCCCAAAGAGAAAGUCUCUGGUCGGGACCCCAUACUGGAUGGCUCCUGAGGUGAUCGCCAAAACGCCAUAUGGCACCGAGGUGGACAUCUGGUCUCUGGGAAUCAUGGUGGUGGAGAUGGUUGAUGGAGAGCCACCGUAUUUCAGUGACACGCCCAUCACUGCAAUGAAGAAGCUGCGAGACGAAGCAGCGCCAAGCGUCAAGAACGUCCAGCGGGUGUCUCCCGUGUUAAAGGACUUCCUGGGCUGCAUGUUGACCCGCGACACGCUGCAGAGGAGCAGCGCCGCCGACCUGCUGGAGCACCCAUUCAUGCUGCAGGCCGGCUCACCACGCUGCCUCGUUCCUCUGGUGGAGCAGUACCGCAAACGCAUGUCACUCUGCUGAACACCCGAGACCCAUCUGAAGAGGCUCGCCCGAACCCAACCCUGAUUCCUCUGAAGACAUCUGAGACUCAGCUGGGAGACUCUUAUUGUGGCUCGGUUGCGCAUCAGCUCAUCUCUGAUUGGCCAGACUUGCUGAACAGCUGUUGGUGCUGCUCUAGGGCGAGUGUUUUUUAAAACGGAGAAUUUAAACUUUAGAACAUUUCAGGCUCCUUCAUGUUUUCAAAGAUCCUAGUUUAUACAGCAUUUCAGUAAUUUUACAGCCGACGUCAAACCUUUAAAUCACAGAUCAAUAAUAAUGAUCAGCUCAGAGCUGUGGGUGCAGAACAGCUUCAAACAAACGAGUGAAAACAGGCACGUUCGUUUCAGCAGAGCCGGAGAUGAUCCUCUGGCUUCAAGAAGUUUCUCUCUGUAUCAGAGCCAAUAAACAACCAAUAAAUUGAUCAAUGCUGCCCAGCAGAGAUCAGCAGAGGGUCAGCUCUGGAUUUAAAGCUCUUCAUCGGGAAAAUGUUUUACCCCGUGAUGAUGAUGAUGACGAUGAGCUCUUCCUCCCGUCGAUCGGUUUAUUUUGAAGCUUUGCACAGUUUCAAUGUGACUUUGCACAAAAGAUGCAGAUUAAAUCUUUUUUAUUUAA